GCAAAUCUUGCUGAUUAUUGUUUUCAUGCUUUGGCCUAUCCCUUCUGGAGCACAAACCACAUGGCUGGCAGUUCAGAGGAACACCCACGUGGCUUGGCCUUUCAGUUGUCUAGCUCAGAUGAGUUAGGAACUUCCUUCCCAGGGAGGAUCCAACAGGGUACAGCUGGGAGGAAAAGAUGUUUGGCUUUCACAAACCGAAGAUGUACCGGAGUAUAGAGGGCUGCUGUAUUUGCAGAGCUAAGUCUUCCAGUUCUCGUUUCACUGACAGCAAACGUUAUGAAAAGGAUUUCCAGAAUUGUUUUGGGCUCCACGAGGCUCGCUCAGGAGAUAUUUGCAAUGCCUGUGUUCUUUUGGUGAAAAGAUGGAAAAAAUUACCAGCAGGAUCCAAAAAAAACUGGAAUCAUGUGGUGGAUGCCAGGGCUGGACCCAGCCUUAAAACAACACUGAAACCAAAGAAAAUGAAAACUCUCUCUGGAAGCAGAAUAAAGAGCAAUCAAAUCAGCAAACUGCAAAAGGAAUUCAAGCGGCACAAUUCUGAUGCCCACAGCACAACUUCAAGUGCCUCCCCAGCUCAGUCGCCCUGUUACAGUAACCAGUCGGACGAUGGCUCUGACACGGAGCUGAGCGCUGGGGCCAGCAGAACACCAGUGUUCUCCUUCCUAGACCUCACCUACUGGAAAAGGCAAAAGGUCUGCUGUGGAAUUAUUUACAAAGGGCGUUUUGGAGAAGUCCUCAUAGACACUCAUCUCUUCAAACCUUGUUGUAGCAAUAAAAAGUCUGCCACUGAAAAGCCAGAACAAGAAGGACCCCAAUCUCCAGCAAUCUCCACCCAAGAGGAGUGGUGACUUCCUUGGAUAGCUGCAGAAGGUUAUACAGAUCCUCUUAUUCUCUGGAAAAAUACUAGCAAAGUGACUGUUCACUUUGGACACCUGCUAUGCUGCCAAAAGACUAUUCCCUAGAACUGUUUUGGGUUUUACUGCUACGAUUCCACAAACUCUGAAGCCAGUUUGUAUCCUUUCAAAAAGACUGUACAUAAUAUUUAAGAUGCUAUGGAACACUUGGCAAAGCUGAAUGCUGCUGCAAGGUUGUCUAAUUUUCCCCCACACUCACUUCCCAAGUGAAUAUGAAGAUGGGGUUUGUAUAUUAAAGUAUAUUAGUUCAUGUUUCUGUACUGAAAGAAGCAGUGGUUGUAAGGCUUUUUUGGGUUUUUUUUUUCUUUCUUUAAAAGUUGGUUGGCAAACUUCCUAAAUUCCCAAGAAAAUAUUUCAUUCUUAGACAUGUAUGAGUCAGUGAAAUGAACUAAUGCAUAGAAAUUUUAUAAGUCACCUCUCUAGUUAUAUAAAUAUAUAUUUUUAAAGGUGUGGCGAUUUCACCCUAUACUACUGACAUAACAAAGACAAAUAUUUCAUCCCUCCCGUGUGACACAGACUGGUAAUCUGCAGACAUCUCUACUUCAAGUGGUAGCUAUCUGAGAAGGCCUCCAGCAUAAAAGUGCUCUUGAGAAGGGGUGGGAGAGCUCUCCACCUUAGCCAAGGAUUAAGAUUUACCUAAGAACUGAACAUAGCAAAAUGGGAAGUUACUUUUUUUAAAGCCAGCAGCAGGCACCCUGGGCUUGGUGUAGUAACCCCUGGUGGUUAGAGAUGGACCAAGAAACCCUUGAUGCCCAAGUCAGGUGUAGAUGGCAGCCAAAAGUGAGUAACUGCUCUCUGUAGGCCCAGUGCAGCUGAAAUGUGACCACAAACAAGACUCCUCCUGGUUUUGGACCUGACAAAGAACCAAACCCCUUGCUAAGCAAAUUAGGCUCUGGUCCAGGGCCAUAAUCUGGGUGCAGCCUGGGGUCUGGAUUCACAAUAACUGUUUUGAAACCCUUCCCCUGCAGUUUUUCUCUGUGUUUGGGUUUUGUUGUUUUUUUUUUUUUCUGUUUGUUUGUUUAAGCAACUGCCAGGUCAACACUUUUGUGAAUACCGAAUCUGAAAAGUUCUGCUAAGAAUGGUGCUGUGCUGAAUCAAGGCAGCAGCUCUGUUUGCAUAUGUGAUCAAAAGAUAAUACUUUCUACACAGAUUCCCAGACAAGCUCAUGUGCAAAUCAUUGUGACACUCCUUCAAACUCUGCAUUGCCUCUAGGGUGGAAGCAGCUUCCUGGAAGAUUGUGCUGCAGUUUUAGCUCCCAGUUGCUUCCACGUCCCUUUUAUGAAGGUUUUACUUGUGUGAGUUGGGAAUUCUGCUUUUUGUUUGGUUGGUUUUUUCCUGGUUUUAGGGGGAGGGAGGAUUUUUUUUUUUGACUAUUACUCUUUUGGGGUAUCCUGCAAUGGAUUGCCACAUGGUGUGAUUCUUGUGGUGUCCUGUGUAGGGCCAGGAGUUGGAGUUGGUCCUGAUGGGUCCCUCAACUCAGCAUAUUCUAUGAUUCUAAGCUUUCCUUUUUUGUGAGAGUCAUUGGCAUAAUACUGUGGUGGGUAGGGUUUAGGACUGGAUUUCCAUGUAGUCUCGGUUCCUGAAAUGGGAAUACUUAGCAAAUUAAAAUAUAGAUAGGGAAAGAUAUGCAGGUUUUAAGAGGAGCCUCUACCCUCAAAGCUUUUUUUUUUCUUUCUUUUUUCCUCUCCUGUUGGGUCAGCCAAUCUCUGGAGAGAAGGAAAAUCAGGGGAAACAGGGCUUUGACUUAUCACAGCCUUACAGCUUAGAGCUUUCCUUGGACUCAUUUUGCUUUUCCUAAACUCUGAGGUUCUUAAGGGAGGACAAAGCUGCUUACCUUGCUUUUAUUCUCAACCAAAUAAAAUCGUUCAGGUUGGAAAAGACCUAAGCCCAUUGAGUCCAGCCAUAGAUAUAAUAGAUACUUGAUUGCAUAAAGGCAUAACUAGGUUGGUCAUGUCUCAUAAGGGCUUGAGCAAGAGUCCUCGCUGUCUUUGCAGACACCUAUUUCAUGUGAAUUUGUGUUUUCAGCAUCAGUAAUUCUGUACACCUAAGAAGGCUGCAGUGUUGGUGGUAGGAUGUGCUCUGAUAUGGAUCAUCUCUUCUGUAUUUAUUUAUUUAUUGCUAGAUUUCAACCGCCAACUGCUUCCCCUACUCCCUCCCACCUCUUCCAUUCCCGGUAGUAAUGCAAAAUGAGUAGUCAUGCACUUUGUAUUAAUGUAUUAGAAAUCUAUGGAACCUGUUUUGUACUUUUAUACUGUUCAGACACUUGUAAUCCAAACUUUGUUUUUACUAGGGUAAUGAAUAAAUUUAGUCUUAUUUAGAAAAUAA